UCACCGCAAAAGUCGACGCUUUUAUUAAAAAUACUUAAAUUAGGGGGGAAAAAAAAUCCCUUAUCGUGAUACUACUGCCACCAUGUUUAACAUUAUCAUUUUUGUAUUUAUUUCUUAUUUUUUUUGUUUUCAAGUGUUUUGUGUUUAAAGAAACAAUCCUUUAAAGCAGAGGGUGUCAAACUCAAUCAUAACGGGGGCCAAAAUCCUCCUUAGGCCACAUCAAAUAAAAUGUUUAAAACUUAAAAAAAACUUUUUAACAUAAAUGUGGAUAAAAACAGGCAGGAAUAUUAAUUCAGGAUAAUCAAAAAUUAACUCAGUCAUUGAUUAGUUUUCAAUAUUUUACUUUCCAUUAAAAUAUAUUUUAUCAAAAUUAUACAAGUUAGAAAUAAACAUUAAAAGAUAAAACACUCAAAUUGUAAAUGUUAUCAGUGCAAGAUAACAUUAGACCGAGGGCCGGAUCUGGCCCCCGGGUCUCGACUUUUGCUAUAAAUGCACCACGAUAGUGUCAAUUUUCCAUCCUCACUGCCUGGAUAGGUUAAAAAUCCCGCAUUUAAACAAACUAAAGCAUAAUCCCAAAACAUUGUGUAUAUAAAUACAGGGAAUACAUAUAAAAUAAAGUACUUGACGUGAGUUUUUCAUUAUAAAAGUGCCAACAUUUCACUAUGAGGACAGGAGAUUUCCUAUUUGAAGUUUGCAUUUGCAAUUUCUGGACAGAUGGAGGUCAAAGUCAUCAGGGAGAUUCCUUUGAAUUUCUUCUCACUGAUCGAAAUUGUUCCUUCUUUCACAAACACACCAGAAAAGUCAAACAUACAUGGACCUUUAAAAUCUUAAGUCAAAACUCAUUUUUUAAAUUGAGACUUCAGUCGUUUUACCCCACCUUCAUCAUUUUUUUAUCUAAAAUGUGUUCAAAUUACUUUCUUUUAUGUUAGAAUCAGUUAAUGGUUUCUGCACAUGUUAAUAUAGAUGCUUUCCAGAUAAUAUUCGUUUAUGUUUUUCAAGCAGUGUGCGGCUGUACAUCACUGUGCCAUGAGAGAUGGUCAGGUGUGGCGUGGGAAAUGAUUUAAUUUCACCUAAUUGGACUAAAAUGUCUAUUUUCAGGAUAUAAGCUGAUAUAAAUUAAUCCAAACAUGUAGGAUUAACACAAUUACCAUUAUUAAUACAAGAAAUAUUAGAUCAAAAAUGUAACAAUCAAUUAAUAAGAAUGAUAUUAAACUGUCAUUUUUAGGCCAGAAAACCUAAUAAAAAAUAUUUUUACAUAAAUUUGAUCAAAAAGUAGCAAAUAAAUUAAGAAAUCUAUAUUUAAUGUUCCUUUUGAAGUUAGGGAAACUCAUUUUAAAAUACAAAAAUACAUGUUCCUAUCUAAAGAAUAUUCAAGAUUAAGAUUUGAUAUGAAUAAUACGUAUACAUUCUGUAAAAAGGAAAUUGAAAAUAUCUCCCCAAAGACAAUUAUUUUGGAAAAAACUUCAUAAUUAGCUGAGAUAUUUUCCCAAAACUGUCAACGAAGAAAAUGAAUUAAAGGAAAUCUGUUUAAACAUAAUUAUUUGCCUCGCUAAAUUUAAUAUACACAAAUAUAGGCAUCCCCGCCCCCCAAAAAGCAAAAUAAAAUAAAAAUAAGUAGAAUAUUUACAAACUGAUUCAAACUACACCUGGUAGCUUCUUAAUGCACCAAAAUUAAAAACAACAUAUAAUAAAUUGAAAACUUCCCUUUGUUUCUAUUGUUGUGCAAAAAAAAGAUAUUUGUUGUUUUGCGUCAUAUUUUUCAGAUUUAUCUUUAUUUUAAUUUGAUGUCUUAUUCUCCAUUUGCUCCCCCUAUUUUGUUUGUAAUCCUUCAAAAACGUUGUCUGACCCAUGUGAUCUAGUUCAAUAUUUUUGCUUUGUUCUAAUUUAAAAAAAAAACAGAAGUAAUGUUGCAACAUUUCCACUAGAGGGCGCGCGUCACCCUGUCAUUGAAUAACACAGCUUGUGCUCUUGCGCCCCUACUGGCUGAAUAGUGCACUGCCAGAGAAAAUGAAAGUGACAAAAUUAUUAGACACAACUUCCCUUUUAUUGAAGGUUUUAAAACCUUUUAUUUUUUAAUGCUUCUAGCUGUAAUGAUGUAUCCUUUCUAUGUUCCAGCACAUCCACAGCAGCUCCGUGUGGAGGCGUCUCUGCCAUUUUUUAAAAUAGAUAAACUCUUAUCUCUUUAAGGCAGCUGGGUCUCCUUCAUGUCACAUGCUCCUCUUUCUGCAGUGUCAUUGGAGUGCUCCUCACUCUGAUGCUGCUGUGUUUUUGGGAGUGUUAUAACUCGUCCGUUAGAAAAAGUCCUGGAAUGUUACAUUUGACAACAGGAGGGAAGUUUUAAGGAUGAGAAGAUUCUGAAAGCUUUGUGGUCUCCUCUUCCCCAGGAUGCUGUUUCUGAGCUUAAGCCUGGCUGUUUACCUCCUCCUGACUUCCUCAAAUGCUCACAUCAGUGGUCGGCCUUGCAUCUGUUCUGCACCGGUUCCUGCCGGGCUCAGUGUGAACUGCAGCUCUUUGAACCUCACCUUUGUUCCUCAUCUACCUUCAAACACCACGGAGCUCCACAUGCAGGACAACCAGCUCACCUCUGUGGAUCCAGGCCUCUUUGACCCACUUGUUUCCCUCAGACAGCUUUCCCUGUCUGGAAACCCCUUCCACUGUGACUGCCGGAUCCAGUACCUGAGGAACUGGCUUCUGAAGAACAGACACGUCAUUUCAGAGGUGCCAACCUGCUCCACUCCGAGCUCUGUUUCUCACAAAGCCAUCACGGAGCUGUCGGAUCAGUACUUUUCCUCCUGCGCCACACCAAGCUGUGCUUAUGCAACCGACGCUUUGAUGGUGGGGAUGCUGCUCUGCCUCCUCCUCCUGUUUCUGUGGAGCCUGACGCUGGCCAGAAGGUCCACCUUCACUCUGUCCAUAGACGAGAGGCAUUCCGGCUUCCAGAGCGACUCUCUGCGCUCCCUGAGGCCCAAACACAGACGGAGGCUGCACACAGGAAAUGGUGGGGACUCAGAGUUCUUCUCCUGCUCGGAGGACUUGGAAAGGCCGCUCCUUAACAUGGAGCUACUGCCGCAGGUGCUGGAUGCGUUGCAAACAAAGCACAAUAUCAAGAUUAAAGCUACCUGAGGAACUUCUGUUUACUGCAGAGUUUUAGCACUUUUUAAUGUUUUUUUUUCUUAAUGGACCCACAAAGGGGCUUUGAUAUGCUGUUCCCAAGUCUGGAUCAAUACAGACGAUUGUGUCCCAAAAAAAAUGAGGAUUAAAAAAAACAAGGAAAGCAACCAAAAAUUCUUUAAAAUUCAGUUGAUUUUCUCCUAUUUCUGCUUUCAAAACAAACACACUAUUAGAACCUUGAAUUUGCGUUAUAAUAGUGUAUGGUUACAGAUGGACCCUUUUGUGCCGUUUGGUUGAGCAGAAAAAUUGUUCAUGUUCUCAUGGUGCAUUUAGAAUGCAGACUGCCUUUAAAUUCGUAGUUUGUUGCAGGAAAUUAUUUUAAAAUGUACUAAAAUUAUGAAACUAGACUUUUUUAUUUUAUUCUUAUUAAAUGUUAGUUCAAGGAUCUUUUAUUCCUACAAAGUUUGAGGCUUAUUGCUAGAUUUCUGAUUAACUAAACAUUGGUAACAAAGGCCCACACCAUCAUACUUACUCCAAACUGUACUGACAUGAAAAUCACAAUAAUUGGGCUUAAAAAAUGUUUGACUGACUAUGAAACACUGAGAAUGUGCACGCCUCUGUGUGCCUUUGACUUUAAUCUAAUUCAACUGUUUUUCUGUUAGUGCAGGACAGAGCCCUGAUUGGGGUUCUCUGCCUUUGAUACACUGGAUCUGUUGAAGGCAAUAUAAGAAAAUAGUAUUAAAAAAGUACAGCAAUUGAAAAAAGAAAUGCAAUUAAAAAAUCUAAACUGAAGUACAACUAAUGGGUACUGCAUGGUUUACUUGGAUAAAAAAUAACAUAUAAAGAAUGGUUUUGUUUAUAUUAAAAUGACCAUUUCUAUUUAGAGGGAAAAAUAGAUUUAAAAAAGUUAGAAUCAACCUCUCCAUACUUAAGUAUAUUGUUUUUUUUGAAAAAAUAAAUAUUGUAUUUGAAAAAUCCAUACUGGGGACUACUGUCUCUCCCCAUAAUAUGUGUCCUAGUGACAGAUCCUAAAUCCUAUUACUUUUAAAUUAUAAUUAAGAGACCAAAUAUCAAUGAGUUCAAAGAAGUGGAGGCCCAUCCAUCCAAACGUCUAUGAACCUGUGUCUUGUAAAUGGCCAUCUCUUUUACAGAAAUGUUAUUGGAAGGAUCAUUGAGGGUCAUUAUUGAAAUAAACAUGAAAAUGUCUAAAUUAAUGUAAAGGAAAACUGGCUUAAACUUUUAGCAACAUUAAUCUGUUUAAACACCCAGAUUACAGGAUGCAAAAACAUGGAUAAAUGCUGGAAGCAGCUCAUCAAUGUGGACAUUUUUUAAGAAAUCGCAAAAAAAGGAAUUAUUCACAGAUGUCCUAAUAAGAGAUUUUAUGCUGCACUAUGAAAAAUCUAAACAUCUGAACUUUCUGCUCCCUCCUGAGCUCGAUUUUUAUAUUUUAAAGAUGUUUUAAUUCCCCAAAAUUUCAUCUUAAAUAAGAUAAAUGAUAAAAUGUGUAAAAUAGACGUAUUUGGGUAAAAAAUAUGAUCUUUGUUUUACCAGACAAAAGACACAAACAAAUUGUUGAACUGUUGUAAGGAUUUCUUCUGCUUUUUUUUCUCAAGGUAAAAUAUUUACAAUAAAUGAAGAUGAAGGUAAACACUAUGGAUGGAUUUUAGAAGCUUUUUCUGCUGAGGAGCAAAUCUGAAAACAUACAAAAUAAUACUGCGAUACGGUCAGAAGUUUCAUAAAGAAACUGAGUCUGUGCAAAUAUGGCCAUGAGCCUCACAGCUACACAAAAUGCAGACCGACGGACAGACAGACAGUACUACUACAGGACAAUAUUGCACAGACAGCUGUUACAGUACAGGUGUUACUCUGUUUUUCAUGCAUAGGUAGGUUUACCAGGAUAAAUGGAUGAGCAAAAAAAA